CGAAUUGUUCUGCGUUCACAAUUAUGCCUAGCCUCACUUUACCUCCCGUACCUCACUACCAGGAGCCUCCUCCCACCCAGCAAGAGCUGCCGUAUGCUGAUCUGGCAGUCAUUGACUUGGCGAAGGCAGGGACGCCGGACGGGCGAGCUCAACUCGCUGCAGAGGUCAAGAAUGCCCUCUUGACCCAUGGCUUCUUCUACGUCAUCAAUCACGGCUUGUCUCAAGCACAGAACGAGCGCAUGUUUGACAUUUCAGACGUGCCUAUGUCUCUUGUAGGAGACGAAGAAAAACAGGCUUUUCUAAACCGAAGCCACGAGACUGGCAAGUAUCAAGGUUACAAACCUCGACAAUACUGGCAUCUCGAUGCCGGGGUUCGUGACCAGCAAGAACAUUAUACAUUCAAUCAACAGGUGAACAGCGCCAAGCAUCCUGAAGCGGUAAUCCCGUAUCUUCCCGAGAUUCAAGAGUUCAUCAAAUAUAACCAUUUCAACAUUCUCCACCCUCUGUUGAGGCUUAUUGCGUUGGGACUUGAGCUUCCGGAAGAGACUCUAGUCAAUUUGCACGGAUUCGACGAUUCGGAGCACAACGCUAGCUUCUUCAGAUUCCAAAAGUACCACCCUCUAACCGAAGCGGACGAGCUUAAGACUAAGAACGUUUGGCUCAAGGGGCACAAAGACCACGUCUCCGUCACCUUGCUGUGGAGUCAGCCUGUGGCCGCCUUGCAGAUUCUGACGGACGAUGGGUGGCGCUGGAUCAGGCACGUUGAAAAUGCAUUGGUCGUCAAUGUCGGCGACGGGCUCGAAUUUCUGACCGGUGGAUUCUACAAAGGCACCAUCCAUCGCGUUGUGCAGCCGCCCAUAGAUCAGAGGGGUUACACACGUCAAAGCGUAAUUUACUUCUCUUACGCCAACGAGGACGUCAAGCUUGUGCCUCUCAUGGGCAGCCCUGUUCUACAGAAGGCAGAACUUGAACCGAGGUGUGAUCCUGCGGUGGCUCCAACCACGAAAGAGUGGCGCAUGGGCCGUAUUUCGUCCUUUGGCGCUGCCGAGCUCAGGCAAGGAAAAGAGAAAAACACCGAAGAGGAAGAUGUGCAUGGAAUCGUGGUAAAGCACUACAAUUGAUUCGCAACUGCGAGGGUGCAUUACGGUAACCUAUUAUAACACCUGGAAGAAUUGCGGCGUCAUGGCCUUUGUAUUUGUACGCUCUUCUAGGAUGUUGCGUCGAAGUGGCCGAUGGGCG